AUGGGAGGACCAGAGUACGAUUGUCUGAUUAACCCUUUGGGAGCUGUUCGAAUCUCCUUCGAAAAGGCUUUAUCUUCCGGCUACAAUCCGGCUUCGUCGGUCGGAAAAGACUGGGGAGUCGUCGAUUUGUUCCGUCACUAUUUAUCCGACGAAUCUGCAAUCUCUCAGAUUCCAAUUCUUGAUUCUUCAACUAUCAAGUGGGUUCAGCCAAAGACUCUUGUUCGGUUUCGUGGAAUGAUACAGGACAUGCUUGGAAAUGAAUUCUAUGCUGGUUCUUACAAGGAUGGUUCAACAUGGAGAACCAAUAAGUACAGUGAUGUCUCACAGUUUCCUGAGAGUUCUUCUUCUGAAAUGCAAGUUUGGGAGCGUCGUUUACUAUACUGUGUUCCGGUCCCUGGACAAAACCAAUGGACUGAAUGUUCUUCCGAAGAGCUGAAGAACCGGUUUUUGAAUCUAACUGGCCAAAACAGGGAAAAGCGUGUGAGAGUUGAUGAAGAAAUGACUGAUUCCAUGGAGUCAAAUACUUUAGAAGCUGGACUUAAUGGCUCUCCUUUCAAGAAAAUGAAAUCAGGGGAAGGUACCUCAUCAGCUUCAGGAUCUCAGGUUCCCGGGACUAAUGGUGCUCCACAAUGUUCUGGUAUCCUUCCUGCUACAAGUAAAGAUUCUCUAUCUUGUCUUGUGAAGAUUUAUGAUUCUCCAGAGUCAGAAUUGAAGCUAAAUGAUGUGGUUGAAUUCCUUGGAGUGUUGACUUUCGAUACAAAUGUAAUGGAUAUGGAUUCACUUGAUGAAAACUCUGAGGAUCUUUCUGAAGCUGAAUCUGUUCAGAUGCCUCCGGGAAAGGUUCCACGUCUCCAUUGUAUUAUCCACAGGAAGCUUGAAACUCAACAUUUCCUGCAUGGUUCAUCCUUGUUAACAGAGCCGAAAUCCCCUCAAGUAUUCAAAGAGAUAAGAGAGAGUUUAAUGAAGUACCUUACCAGUCUACUUGGGAAUGAUCACAUUGCAGCACAGAUCCUAUUAUUGCAUCUCCUGUCGAAGGUGAAUGGAAGAGUAGAUAAUGUUGCUGUCGGGAAGCUUUCACUUAAUCUCAUACAUCUUAACAAAGAAAGCAUGUCCAUCUUUGGAAAUCAGCUCAGCAAUGCCCUUAAAAGUCUCCUACCGUUUACACAAUCGAUACCACUAACUAUUGAGUAUCUGAACACUGCCUCCCUCGGUCCCAAUAAAGAUUAUCGAAUCAACCGAUUGGUGCCUGGAGUUCUACAAAUUGCUGAUGGUACGCACUUGAUAUUGGACGAAACAGAGUUGCAACCAGGCACCUUGAACUCCAUUGGAGUCGGGAAUGCAACGCUGCUUAAAAACCUCUUGGAAUGUCAGAAGGUGGAGUAUGAUUUCCAGUAUUAUAAAAUGGAAAUGGCCACUGAUGUUCAAAUGCUCAUCUUCUCCGAGGGCAAAUCGAACAUAAUGCCCGCCGAUCUGGUCCUACCUUUUCAACCUUCCCAAUUGAAUUCAUUGGAAAUCAUCACACCAGAAACAGCAGAAGCUUGGAGGUACUACUUAGCUACGUGCAAAUCAUUAUCUCACUCCAUUGGGCAAGAGUUGCAACAGGUAGUGGAGAAUGAUUUGGUUGAAGCAAGGCAAACGGAUCGUAGUUUAGGUAGCCAAGACUUGAGCAGUUAUGGUGAGACUACGCUUUCACUAGAGCACUGGCAAAUGGUGUUGGAGCUAGAAAGACUUAGAAAGGAGAGGCUCAAGUAA